CUUUGCCCGUCCACGCACUGCCCACCGAGCAACGCAGACCACCCGUGACAGGCGUCCCCCUCUUUGAUAUCCCUCAUAAAAGGCCGAAAAGGACCUUCACAUGUCUUUGUCACAUGUCUUUAUCGUUUCCUCCCGGCAUCCGCGAGCAGAGUCUCCUAAAAGGCCACCAUCAAAUCUCCGGCGUUCCCUCCUACCUCUCUCACCAUGAAUUCUACCGCUUUCGUCCUUGUGUUAGCGCUCCUUCUCGCCACAUCCCUAUGCCUGGAAGCUGAUCCGAGUCCCAUCUCUAAUGUCACCGUAAUGGGCACCGUCUUCUGCGACGCCUGCGCCAACAAUGUCUUCUCCGAGCACAGCUACUUCUUAGCAGGUGUCCGAGUAAGAGUGCAGUGCAUGUUGAGAGUGACGAAUUCCACGUCCAGGGAGGAGAUGUCGAUCACGGUGGACAGAACGACGGACAAGUUCGGGGUGUACAAGCUCGACAUCCCGCCGGUGGAGGGGUUCGAGUGCAGGGAGGGUGUGGUGAUGGACUCCUGCUGUCGAGCGAGCCUGCUCGGGAGUCCGUCUUCUCUGUGCGAUGUCCCCGGCUUGAAUAGCUCCACCGGGCACGUGGCGGUCAGAGGUGGGGAAGGCAAGCGCUGCCUCUACAAUCUGAACGCGCUCAACUACAGGCCAUCGAAGAAGGACGCCAACCUGUGCGGCACCGGUAGCGGGCACUACUUACCUGCCUCUGUGAACUCCUCUUUGUUCCUCUGGCCGCCUUCGCCUCCGUCUGGGUUCCCCUGGCCGUCGCCUAUGCCUUACCCGUUUCCACCCCUGCCAUUCCAAACUCCGCCACCGCCAUCUCUCCCUUGGCCGUUCCCUCCUCUGUUUCCGACCCCACGAACACCAACUUUUCCUUUGCCCUUCCCCCCAGCACCGAACCGACCGCCAUCGCUGCCUCCAAUACCACCUAUUUUUCCUUCACCAACGCCGACGUCUCCAUUCCCUUUUCGAUUCCCACCCUUCCCUCCCUUUACUCCAAUGCCACCUCUGUUUAUGCCACCUUCUCUUCCUCCACCUGGAUCUUUUCCUUUCCCAUUUCCUCCAUUCCCUCCUACUACCACAACCUCUGGAGCGCCUUCCUCAUCUUCUCCCUAAGAGAUCCAAGAACAUGGUCCUCCUCCGGACAGCCAUGAGACCGACAUCCAUAUAUAAUUCACCUUUAUUGGCAUAAAAGCUAUUAAACCCCACU